AUGUUUAAGCAAAUAACCCGGCUACGCGUCAUUGGCAACUCUUGUCGAGUACGUCAGUUUUCCUCAAGUUCAAUACAAUGGGAAGAGUCCAAACGCAACAUUCGGUCAUUUCCUUGGCUUUUGCACAACGACCCACCCCGUAUUGAACAAUAUCCAUAUGCACAUGCGAGUGGUCCUUUCAGUUUGCUUAAUAUCUUGCCAACGUUUAUACAACAUGCUUCGAGUGUACGGCUGGCAUCAAGGACGCUAUAUUUGAAUACGGGCUUUUCAUACUUUCCCGAGCAGUUUUUACUCGGUGCAACCAUGGCAACGCGACGAGCCCUUGAAGUCCUUUCACAGCAUUUGACGGAUCCAAGCAAUGAAGCACGACGAGAAGAAUUGGAACAAAUGAUGAAUCCAAUGCUAUUGGCUCGACUCGAACAAGGGGCAAAGAAAGCUUUGGGAUUGCAUGACGAAGUCUUGUUGAGCGUACCACAAAUUUACGAUGCCAAUUUGGGCGAUAUUUGGCUCACGCUUGGAAAUCCACGUGCGUUCAUUACACCUCGCGAAUACGAUGUAUUUGAAUGGAUGACAAUUCAAGUGGGUAUGAAAAAGACCAAUGACGCUGACGAGGAGUCCUUUGGCGACGCAAGAAUGCGUGUGGCUCGUGGCCUAUUGGAAGGAGCUCAUGUGCGCGUGGAUGUCAAGGUGGAUGCAGAUGUGGUUUACAAGGUCAAUCGCGGGGAUGAUAUCCUAUUAUAUGAUGAAGGCCGAAGGACGUUGCUUGUACAAUUCGAGACCCCAUACUUUGAACCAGCAGACAAAAUGGUGUCUUCAAGAGAUGAGAAUGGCGAGCCUAUCAAUGACUGGUCAUGGCGUAUCUCGGAUAUUGAUCAACUACUCACAAAGGAAAAGUUAGAUGGUAGUAGUGAUGAAAAUGACCAAGAAUAG